UCCAUCCCUUCCACCUGUAUCUCUAUGGGCAGAAGUUCCUCCUCGGAACGGAUCACGAACCCCUGCUGGCACUCAAGGAGCUCACCAACUAUACGGGUAUGAUUGGUCGAUGGGCUGUAAGGUUGCAAGAGUACGAGUUUGACAUCGUCCAUCGAAAGACGGAGAGGCACGAGAAUGGGGACGGGCUAACGCGUCUGCACAGGCCAAGCAAGGUGCCGCGUUGCGAGGAGAUCACCCCAUGGAAGGAGCCGGAGCCGCCCAAGGGGCCCGGAUACGGCCAGUGGACCUGGGACAGUGAGCAUAACGCCGUGAGCGAAGACGUGGAAUUGCUCAUCAUUCAAGCUUGGAGGACAGCGGUAGAGGGAGAUCUGUUGGGAUUCAUCUUCGGAACGGUGGAGGCGGGACAUCGGCAGCCGAUCAUAGGAGAGUUUCUAAUCCUCCUAACGCAGCUGCUGGACACUCUACCGAUCGACAUCAUCUCACACUGCGACGAGAGUCGAGCGCCGCAUAUUCUUUCACGCAGCUUGAUGUCGUACCUACAGUGGUCGGCGUGCUUGGAGGGCAAUUGGGACAACCAUAAUUACCUGUCGCACGAUAAUUACAUGAACCCCGUGGAGAUAAUCGAUAUUCUCUUUUUUUAUCGGGGCGAGCCGACGUCGGAAGACGAAGAGGAAGAAGACGAGGAGGAGGAGGAUGAAUCGGAAGAUACCCCCGAGGAGGACAAAUAUUAUAGUGAGCAUAGUAAACACGAGUCGGGGGCGAUACGCAAAGAAGAAGAGGAAAAAGAGGCGGAGGGGGCAGGUGAGGGGGAAGAGGCGGGACAGGCGGAGACGCAGAAAGAAGACCUUGCGGAAGAGGAUCGGCGGAGGGCAGAAAUAGAGGAGGGAAAGCGGUCAUUGGAGCAGUCGGUGGGAACCGAUCUGCCAAUUCCGGACGACCCGACUCGAGAUCCGGAACCGCCGGCGGAAGAAGAUGAGUAUCGUGCUGCAGAGACUUCGAGCUCUGUUGGAGAGGCGAGGUUGACGUCAACGAGGGCUGGAAGAUGGAGAUGGAGGGCAGACAGGAGGAGCGCUGUGAAAGUGGGAUAGUGCGCGUGUUCCUCGAUAGUUUUGAGUCG